UUCUCUUGUUCUUUUGCUGUAGCGACCGAGCAAAUCGAGGGGGAAGAAGAUGACAGCCCUAGUCGAGAACGGGGUCCAGCAUGCCAACGGCGAGCGGUCGGAGCUAGGGCUAGGGUUUCAUGCCGCCUCGGAGAACGGCGCGGUCUCGCAGAAGAAGUUGAGGGAGAGCGAGCGGAGGAGGAGGCGGCGGAAGCAGAAGAAAGAGAAGGGCCAAAAAAAUGAUUCUGAGGGGGCCGACGGCGAGGGCGUCACGGACGGCGAAACUCGCCAGAACGAUCAGGGUCUGGAGAAAGUUGAGGUGGAAUACGUCCCAGAAACAACUGAUAUAGAUGAUGAUCUGCUGGAUGAUUUCAAAAAAGUAUUUGAGAGAUUCAGCUUCUCUGAGGCUGGCAUAGCUGUGGAGGAUGGUGAGAAGAAAGAUGAAGCUGCAAAGGAUGCAGCUUCCAAAAAGAAGGUUGACUCCGACUCCGAGGAGGAUGAACAGGACACACAACAGAAGGAGAGGGGAAUUUCAAAUAAAAAAAAGAAGCUUCAACGUCGAAUGAAGAUAGCUGAACUGAAACAGAUAUGCUCAAGGCCGGAUGUGGUUGAGAUCUGGGAUGCAACAGCUUCUGACCCGAAGUUGCUGGUGUACUUGAAAUCAUAUCGCAAUACUGUUCCUGUGCCAAGGCAUUGGUGUCAAAAACGCAAAUUCUUACAGGGAAAACGUGGUAUUGAGAAACAACCGUUUCAGCUUCCUGAUUUCAUUGCUGCAACUGGAAUUGAAAAGUUAAGGCAGGCAUAUAUCGAGAAGGAGGACAGCAAGAAAUUGAAGCAGAAACAGAGGGAGCGCAUGCAGCCCAAGAUGGGCAAGAUGGAUAUUGAUUACCAGGUUCUUCAUGAUGCCUUCUUUAAAUAUCAGACAAAGCCAAAACUUACCACCCAUGGAGAUCUUUAUUAUGAAGGAAAAGAGUUCGAGGUAAAACUAAGAGAAAUGAAGCCCGGUAUUCUGUCCCAGGAACUGAAAGAAGCUCUGGGGAUGCCUGAAGGUGCACCUCCUCCUUGGCUUAUCAAUAUGCAGAGGUAUGGCCCUCCACCAUCUUAUCCACACCUGAAGAUUGCUGGACUCAAUGCACCCAUCCCACCAGGAGCCAGCUUUGGUUACCACCCAGGAGGUUGGGGAAAGCCUCCUGUUGAUCAGGAUGGAGUUCCGUUAUAUGGAGAUGUUUUUGGAGUCUAUCAGCAAGAUCAACCUAACUAUGAGGAAGAGCCUGUUGACAGAAGCAAACAUUGGGGUGAUUUGGAGGAGGAAGAAGAGGAGGAAGAGGAAGAGGAAGAGGAAAUCGAAGAGGAAGAACUGGAGGCAGGCAUUCAAUCCGUGGACAGCCUUUCUAGCACACCAACUGGUGUGGAGACCCCUGAUGUCAUUGAUCUUCGGAAGCAACAGCGCAAGGAGCCUGAGAAGCCUUUGUAUCAGGUUCUUGAGGAGAAAGAAGAAAGGAUUGCUCCAGGAACCCUGCUUGGUACAACACAUACGUAUGUGCUUGGUGCUGCAGACAAAAAUGCUCCUAAAAGGGUUGAUCUUCUACGAGGACAAAAGUCAGACAAAGUGGAUGUCACCCUCAGACCCGAGGAACUGGAAGCUUUGGACGAUGUUGCUUUGGCAGCCAAAUACGAGGAGGCAAGGGAAGAAGAGAAGCUGCGGAAUCAAAGAGAGGAUUUCAGCGACAUGGUGGCAGAGGCUGAGAAGAAAAGAAAGCGGAAGAUGCAGGAGAAGGAAGGGAAGUCGAAGAAGAAAGAUUUCAAGUUCUAGAAAGAGGGGAAAUGCAGCAUGGAAUCAUCUGGAUAUGGAUGGUCCAUGUCGAGCCUGGACUGGAUCAUUGGCGACGGUAGCAGGUCUUUAAAAUCAGAUGCAUAUGGCUUUUUGGAGGUCGAGUUGUGUAAGCAAGGCGUAUGUCAGUCGCAUCCCCUCCACGGGUUACAGCCAUUUAUUGGCAUGCUAAUAUUGUUUCCCAUAAUCUUGUUUUGCUGGCACCCUUUAGUACCGUAGCGUAAUGACCAUUUCUAGACGCUGUUCCAUGUACGAACGAAUGAGGAUGUGGAAAAGCUUUUACGCCUGGGACGUGCUGCCCAAAUGUGGAUUACGCCGCCAUGGUUUUCAUGAUUGAGAUUUGUAAGGCAUGAAUUGAUCAUUGGAAUGAAAUCUAUGGUGCAUUCGGCGUUGGUAGAAUGCCGUUGCUAUC